AUGCCAGAACCGAUCGAAUAUACUUAUGCUAUUGAAUUAGUUCGUUCUAGUGGCAACGCUUCUAAUCACACAGUACAAGGGACAGGGCAAUUUCAACCAGGCUGGAAAAAUGGAUGGAAAUCAUUUUAUUAUGUUGAAGAUUUGGCUUCAGAUGGCUUUUUAUGUCCAAACGAAGAUAAAAUUAAGUUUAUUUUCAAAUUACGACCGACGACAAUUUUUGAAUAUCGAAAAGUUCUUGAAUGGCAUCUCAAUCAAAUUGAACACAAGAGAAAACAUGAUGAACAUGCUAUUGCUCGUUUAGAACAGAACAAGAAAUGGCUCGAACGCACUGCUAGUGAACAACGAAGUAAAAUCGAAAAAAUUGAAAGGAGAGAAAGUGAAUUGAAAGAAUCACAUGCAAGCAAACGGAAAGACCAUGAAAUUAUUGCCGGUCAAAGUUGUGAAUUGAAAGCUUUGAAAAGAGAAAAUGAAUCACUUAAAAGAAAAUUGAGUAAUAUCGCUGCUGCUCAAAAACGGCAUAUUCAAUUAUGCAUAUUAGCUGAAUUACUUUCUAGAUUUCGAUCAUGUCUCGAUUGUAUUAAACAUAGUGCCAGUUCUUAUAUUCUUGCUAAAGUAGAUAAAGAAAAUUAA